AUGGAAAGUAAUCUAUCUAAUACUGAAUCACCUUCGCCUUCACCAUCUUCACCUUCAUCGAGUGCUACCCCAACAACUACCAAUAUAUCUACAAACACCACCAAUAAUGAGAACCCUGGCAUCCACACGUCGGCAACAACAAAUACAACUCCAUCGUCUGCAGACACUACAACAAAACCUAAACGUCAAAGAAGAAGUUAUAGUUGUGGUCCAUGUAAAUUAUUAAAAAUUAAAUGUGAUUUACAAAUCCCUUGUACUGCUUGUAAAAAAUUCAAUCGAGUUAAUCGAUGUUUAUUACAACCGCCUCAACCUCCUUCACAACAAGAAUUGAGUAAAAUUCAAGAACGGAAAAAGAGAACCACAAUUAAGAAAAUGAAAUUGUCCAAUGAAUUCGUUCAAGCAUAUAAUGUUAACCCUAAUGCAUUACCCUCAAUGAUUUCUACAAUGGAAACUACUUCGAAGAAUUAUGAAAAGAAAACUCAGAAACAUAAAAUGAAUCAAAUACUGUUAGACAAGGAUUCAUCUCCUAAAGAAAAUACCAGCAAAACUUUAAAGCAAUUGAAUAAUUUCAAUGGUAAUAGGAAAGAUACUCAAUUGACAAAAAAUUCCAACUCAAUGUCACCCCAUUCCCUUAUUGAAAUUCAACGGCAUCACUUGAGUUUUCAACAACCACAAAUGAAUAAACAACAAUUACAUCCAAUUUCUUAUAUCACCUCUGUAUCAUCGCCAUCUUCAGCAUUGACAUCAACAAGUCUUAAUUUCCCUCAAGGUUCUCAACAAGAAGAUGUGAUUCAAUAUUUACUUACUAUGGAUUCACAAAAAACGAUUGAUUUAACUAUGGUUGAUAUUAAAAGAAUAAAACGACUAUUACCAAAUGAUUUUGGGUUAUUCAAAAGCAUGUUUGAUUGUUAUUUAAACACCGUUAAUCCCAUUGCCAUCGAUAUGCAAGAUUUUUCAGAAAUUUUCAAACAAAGUAAUCUAGUGUAUAAUAAGCUUUUAUCAAUUGAUGAUGAAAAUCCCAAAAAUUUAAGUAUUAAUGUCCUGUUCACUUUAAUUGAAUUACGAAACUUGUCAUUAUUUUUCCUUAUUCUUGUCAAUGGAUUAUUAUUUGAUUUUAGGGGUGAAAAGCCGCCACUUGAUAGUACACGACAAACCCACAACAAUCGUUAUACCAAUUUCUUACUUGAAAGAAGUAUAUAUAAAUCAAAACAUGACGUGAUUGAAGAUUGGAUUAAAAUAUCGAAAUUUAUUAAAUUAAAAGUUUUAGCUUACGAAAGUUUAACUGAUAUUAUUUUCUUAAUAGAUUGGUAUAUGAUUCUUAAGAAUUAUUAUGAUUAUGAAAACAUGGUAGUGGAAAAUUAUCUUGAAUUUAAUAAUUUAUUAAAUUAUCUUGUGUUGAAUAAUGAUUUUAUUAAUACCAUUGAAGAUCCUUAUAACGAAGUGGGUCGAAAUUCAAAUGAAGAAGAAGAAGAAGAAGAUGCAGCAACUACUUCAGUAGACGAAAAUGAAGUGGUAUAUCCUGAUACCAGACAAUUCAAGGUUUUAUCAAAAUAUUGGAUUCAACUUCGUUUAAUCGAAAUUGAUUAUACAUUUUUCCAAUUCAAAGGAUCAUUAUUAUUUGCCAAUCAAUUGAAAGGUACAGUUGUUCCUCACAAAAAAAUCUUGAAAACUCUUUAUAAAGAUGUUGAAUUGGAUCCAAUUACUACUCAUUUAAUGAAAAUAUGGGGGUUAUAUUAUAAACGAUCGAAAAAUACCACUUCAGUACGAGAAAUCAUUAAAGAUUAUUUAUUAUUAUAUUGUAAUAUGAUGGGUACUUUAAAAGAUGAACUAAAUGAAUUUGAAACCAAUAAACCAUUAGAAUUACCCAAUCUGAGAUCAAUUAAUUUAAAAGAUAUCGAAUUACUUAUUAAAAAUCAAAGACUUUUACAUUUAUUUGUUAGAUGGUUAUCAUUCAUUCGUAUUGAAUCAAAUUAUUUCCCAAGCCUACGCUAUACUACUUAUUUCACUACAGUAAUGAAUUUAUUUAAUCAUUUCAAUUAUUUGGAUGAUAAAAGUAAUAAUAAUGUUUUAUCAAUGAUUUUCAAUAAUUAUUCCCUAAGCAAUAUUAAAUUAUUUUAUCAAUGUUUGGUAUUUCAAGGUAUUUUUUUAGUAUUAUUGAAAAAUGCUUUAAAUGGGAAUAAUAAUUAUCCGAAUAAUAAUCCGUCAACUUCAUUGCCAAAAUUUAAAAUUAAUUUAGAGAAAAUUUAUCAAUUUCUGUUACAUCAAUAUCAAACAACUUUAAAUAAAAUAUUAAAUCAUGAAGUUUGUCGAGAAUUACAGGAAAAUAUUACGUUAUUCAAAUUAAUUGCCAAUUUAUCCAUUGAAUUCAAUCAAUAUUUAAUUAACCCAAUAACUAACAAUAACCCUAAAGAUAAAGAUUUGGAUUUGACAGAAUUAAUUUAUGAUUUAAAAUCUAAAAUUUCUUCAUCAAAUUGGGAUUUAUUAUUAAAUUAUUUCUUUGGUUCAAAAGAUAAUUUUGCUAGAUAUAUUGAAAAAAUUUGGGAUUUAUUUCAAUAUUUAAAGAUUGAUCCAACAACCACAACAACAACCAGUACAGUUUCUACAACUGAUAUACCAAUAACAUCAAAGAUUUAUUUAAAUGAUCAAUUAAUUGAUGAUGUUAUGGGGAAAUUUAGUGGAUUUAAAUUUGAUGAAAAUGUCGUUAAUGAAUAUUUCAAACAUUGUGUUGAACCAAAUAUCUUUGAAUAA